CCCCACACGAUUGCGCACACACCUUCUCUUCUCCGCGUGCAGCAAACUUCGUUCCCUAUCCCAAUCCGUCCCCGAGCGACCUGCGCGUGCAUGGCGGCAACCCUCCUGUCCCACGUCGUCUCCGACCUCUGCAUCGGCAGGCCGAGGGUGCUCACGCUGCCACCCUCCACCCCCGUCGCGGCCGCACUCGCCGCGCUGCGCACCGGAGCCGACCCAUUCGUCUUCGUGGACGACGAACCGGCUGCCUGCUGCCACGCGAAGACCACGACGUACGUGAAAGUCACCGUCGCCGACAUCCUCUGCUACGCCUGCGGCGACGCGGGCAACCUCAGGGACGUCGCGGCCGCGCUCAGCCGGCCCGUGGCAGUAGUGGUCGCGGGCGCCGUCGCUAGCGGCCACGGCGUCACCCACCGAGUGGACCCGCAGACGAGGCUGCUCGACGCCAUCGACGUGCUGCUGACCGACGGCUGCCAAGGCCUGCUCGUCCCUCUCUCUGCGCGCACCCGCAAGAGGCACCACCAGCACCAGGGCCAGGCCCCGUCCUCCGACGCCGGCGCCUUGUUGGCCACGUCGUCCGACUGCUGCGUGCUGACGCGGGAGGACAUCGUCCGCCACCUCUUCGGCUCCAUCUCCCACUUCUCCCCGGUCGCCGCGCUCACCGUCGCGUCCCUCGGCCUCGUCCGCCGCGACGUCGUGCACGCUGUCCACGUCGACGACGACGGGCUCGACGUGAUCCCGCUUUUGCGCAGGGCCGUCUCGGACGGCACGGCCGUGGCCGUCGUCGCCGACGACGACGCGUUGGUCGGCGAGAUCUGCCCCAGCGUGCUCGCCUCGUGCGACGUCGAGGCGGUGUCGGCCGCCUUCGCGGGGCUCUCCGCUGGCGACACCAUGGCGUACAUAGACUGCUCGCUGUCGUCGCACUCUCCGCCAGAGUUCUUGGUGCGCGCCAUCAGAGCUCAGCUCGCCGGAAAGGGACUGGACGCCAUGGCCGAGCUCGUGGAAUGCGCUGGAAAGGACACCGCCGUCCUUCCUUUGUCCCCGUCCUCGUCGUUGUCGUCGACAUCCUCUGACGAGGACUCACCGUCGGGACGCGCACGACGCCCAAGGAGGAUGUCAUCUGGGAGCUUCGGGUGGCGGUCCACGGAGGACGUGGUGGCUUGCCACUCUGAGAGUUCGCUUGUGGCAGUCAUGGCCCAGGCGCUUGCGCACCGUGUAGGGUACGUCUGGGUCGCUAAUGAGACCAGCGGCGCGCUCGUCGGGGUAGUGAGAUUCGCCGACGUGCUCGCGGUACUCCGGGAGCAACUCCGGCCUCAGUCGGUCAGUCCCAGGUGCUAGCUAGUGCUAUGCAGAUAAACCGUGAUCUGCGUGUCAGCUCGCGCAAGAAUCAAGAUCUCCGACGCUAAAACAGUUGCUAGUGGUUCUCUUCCGUGUCAAUCCGUCUCAGUCAAGUUCGGACUGAAGAUGUGCAGAGUUUGUUUGUUUGUGUGUGUGUAUUUUGAAUGUGCUAAGUUUUUUUUUUCGACAAGAGCGAGCUAUAACUCGGCCCAAGAGCAGUUUUAGCCCGGAAUUUGGGAUGGCCCGAGAUCUCGAUUCAGUGGAAAGGCUGGAAGCCGCAAUACGGCCCCGUGAGGUCGUGGGCUCUCGCUUCUUUUGGGUGGCGAAGCCGGGGAAUCGUCAUGAGUCAUGACGGGUAAAUUUAAUUUUGAGUUUCAUACCUUUUUUCUGAGAAUAAAGAGUAACUAGAAACUUGCUCGCGCCUUGCGCGAGUUUUUUAUAACAUAAUUGAAUAGCUGAUUUGAUGUA